AUUCAACAACAUUUCAAUAAUUUCCAACCAGAGGACGAUGAUACCAAUUUCAUCAUAAAAACUAUGAAAGUUUAUCGCGUUUUAAAAAAAUCUGCAGAGUGUUUAGCAGUUAUGAUAAUUACAAUCGAUACAACAACAAUGUUUUUUGGCUAUUAUGACGUUGUGCCAUUGUGGUGUCCUGUUAACUCAUCAUCUCCUUUUAAAGAAAUUGUUUACGUUUAUAAUAUUAUAGCUUUGACAUAUAUAACUACAACGUACAUUUAUAUUCAACUUGUCUGCUCGGCAGUAUUCAUGUUUAUAGGCAUGCAAUGUGAUUUAUAUUGUAAAUGUCUGUCUAGAGUGGAACGUUUAGAUGGAGUUUUACUGAAAAAUUUGGUACAACGUUACGAAAAUAUAAUAAGGAUUUUCGUUUUGUCUGAAAGAGUUUUUAGCGAAAUAUUUUUAGUUGAAAUUAUUUUUGUAACUUUGGGAUUGUGCCUUAGACUUUUCGUAAUUUCUAUGACAGAGAAUUUCUUGGAACUCCCUAUUCAUAUAUCAUCAUUAAUACUCGCAUCUCUUUUGAUAUUACUCCCUUGCUGGUUUUCAACUACUGUUAAAACAAAGAGCGACAGAAUUUCUACAGCUGUUUAUUCAUUACCUUGGUACAACUGUCAAUCUUUAAGAGUAAAAAAGGAUCUGGUUCAAUUUAUUCGUAUAACUGAAAGGCCAAUUGAAUUUACUGGGAUGGGACUUGUCACUCUUUCUACUGAUACGUUCAUUAAUAUGAUGCGCACCACUUUUUCAUUCUACACGUUUUUGGAUUUUCUAAAUCAACGAGAAUAAUCUAGAAACCUAGAAAAACGUUCAUAUACUUAAUUAAAAAUAUUGCACAUUUAAUCUAAUCGCACAAUCACUGAUUUACAAAUAAACAAUCAAAUUAAAAAUAUAUCUUUAAAUAAUAUAUUUCA